AAAAUUUUCUCGCAGUUGGAGAUUUUAUAGUCUUUUAUGUGACAUUAUGAGCUGUUUACUAGCUCUUUUGCUUUUCUAGAAGCCUUUUUGGGCUUUGAGUAAUGAUAUAACAUCGACAAAGCGUGGAUUGGCACAAGGAAAUUUGUUGGAAAGAAACCGUAAGUGAUAGUUUGUGAGGAACAGAGAAACACGAAAGAGGUAACAAGCCAAAACAAAAUCCUUGCGGCGGAGAAAGAGCACGAGCAAAAAUUUUCGAACGGAAGUAGGUCCUAAAAACCGGAAGAUUUACGGUCUGAUCUUUAAGUAAAAUAAAAUAAAAAUUAUCGAAACUGUACCCAUUAGAAUAUAUCAUUUUCGUAGGGGAAGAAAUAAGGUAUCAAAAGGCUUGUAAUUGUAAGCUUUGGAUAAAACUAAUUUUUAAGUGCCAUUGUAUGAUACUUCAAUUUUCCUAAAAAUGGACUAGAUUGAUUUAUGUGUAGCUAUUAAUGCAUUUGUAGCUUACGUUUUGUAUAAGAGCUCUAUUUGCAUAAUUGCUCUUUCUGUGUUUUCAUUACAAUAGAAUUAAUGUAGUGAUCCUUGUUGAAUGACGGAAAUUAUUAGAGCUAAGCGCUUUGUUUAUCGUAAUAAACUGACGCCUUAAGUGAGUCUCUCGCAGAAUCGAUCGGCUCUCGUCGGGUAUAAAAUUUCGUUUACCAGAGAUCACUUUAAAUUGGUUUCUUGUACAAGCCGGAUAAAUAUUUCGUUCGUUUACCUCUGUAAAGUAGGCUGGUUACAGUGCAAAGAUGAUCACAAACGCUAAAACUCUUUUUUAUGUGAAAUUUACAUAAUUGCUCUGUAGAUUACUGAAAUUUGAGAAGUGGACGAAAAUUAGAAUAAUGCCUUCUUGACCUUUCUCUCUCCUCUUCGGUGAUCAAAGCUGAAACGAUUUCCGCUACAAGGUGACAAAAUUUUAGCCUUUUCAAUGUAGUUCUUUGCUUUGCUUUGGUAUAGAAAAUGACAUCACCAAACAUACCGCGGUCGUAUUUUUAGCCGCUCACCAACUCUCCAUUCAUAUGUUAAUUCCCAAUCUUCACCUCUUGCCCUUGUGAUGUCAUUCAACUUUCAAAUUAGUCGAAAGCUCUAAAGAGAGAACACACGGACAAGCGCGGACUUUGUAAGAGUGAUCCGGAAAUUCAGCGAUAAUGAUAGCUAAACUUUUCCUCUUCUGGAUAUCCCUGACAAGACUGUCAUUCGAGCAGCUCUGUACAUAUUUUGAUUUAUACGACGCGGUACAUCUUCUGUUUUUAGGAGUCAUCGGCAUUUGCUUGAGAAUCGUUCAGCGCGGGUCAUGGAGCGUUAACAGAAAGGUCCGAUCAAGUCUUCGAUCGCCCACUACUUCUGGAAAAAAACGUGGUUCCGUCUCUUUUGCUGCCGGAACUAAAUUUUAUCCCAUUCAAAGCCAUUCUACUCCGCUAAACUGGACGAUAUUACGGAACGUGGGCCCCUUGUCAACCAUGUCAGAAACUUGGAAAGCUCAGCGAUCUUCCUUGAAAAUCUCUCUGACCACAGAUGAUGGAGAAGAAGUGACGGAGGGAGACAGCUUUCCAAGGAAGCGUGAACGGACAAAAUAUUCUUCCCAAGGUGAAGACUCAGUUGAGAGAUCUGAUGGAGACAGACUAACACUCCCAGUUCCCACACGGAGAGGGUCCUUCCUUUAUAAAUCUGACAGCGAGUUUGAGCUAGCAUCCAAAUGUGUAACGUCAAGGCAUCACUCCUUCAGCGAAGGAACUCGAGUAGAAGAGCUAGUUACUCCUUUUGCACAGAUUCUCUCAAGUUUGCGAAAUGUCAGAAACAAUUUCAUGUCACUGACCAAUGCUAAAAAAGAAAAGAGGAGAGGGUCUGUAGGAUCACACAUUUUACGAAACAACAAUUUAGCCCAAGAUGUGCUCAAUGGCUCAGGAAUGUCUUCAGGUUCUCUUCACUUACCAAGAGAUGAUGGCUAUCAAAAGUUGGCUAAUAAUACCCUGGACGAGCUGGAUUGGGUGCUGUAUCAACUGGAAACACUUCAAACACACACGUCCGUCAGUGAAAUGGCGUCGAAUAAGUUUAAGAGAUUGUUAAAUAGAGAAUUGAAAGACUUUUCCGAAAGCAACCAGUCUGGAAACCAGGUGUCGGCCUGGGUCUAUAACACAUUUACAGAUAAGCAGUUAGAAGUGGAUGCCCUGCCUGGUACAAAAUCAAAAAGAGAAGGGAUUCGAGCAAGGUCGCGUUCCAUGGUAAACGGCGUUCGAAAACUUACAAGACUACACAGCUUUAGUGGCUCUGUACCCAGAUUUGGAGUGGAGGUGGCCAAUGAGGGCGAAUUAGCGAAGGUCUUAGAAGAAAUCAACAAAUGGACAUUUGAUGUGUUCAAAUUACAUGACCUAACACAGGGGCAUCCUUUGCUUGCUGUUACGUACACAAUCCUGCAGGCCAGAGAUUUAUUAAAAAUAUUCAAGAUAAAACCCACUACGUUUAUUAACUAUAUGUCGUCAGUCGAGAAUCAUUAUUUAAAAGAUGUCCCCUUCCAUAACUGCACUCAUGCAGCGGAUGUCACACAAACGUCACACACUCUCCUAUCAGCUCAAGCAUUCGAAUCCGUCUUUACCGAUCUUGAAGUCCUCGCUGCCAUCUUAGCCAGUGCUGUCCAUGAUGUCGACCACCCAGGAGUCAAUAAUCAUUUCUUAGUGGCAACAAGUUCUCAAGUGCUUGGUGCAUUGUGCCGAUCUUAGCAAUCCCGCAAAGCCUCUUCCAAUGUACAGAAAGUGGGUCGACAGAGUAAUGGAAGAAUUCUUCAGACAGGGUGACAGGGAGCGAGACAUCGAGGGAAUGGAAAUCAGUCCAAUGAUGGACAGACAUAAUGCUUCUAUAGAGAAAUCGCAGGUGGUGUUUAUCGACUUUGUCAUCCAACCGCUAUGGGAGACCUGGGGCGACUUGGUACAUCCUGACGCCAUUGAGAUCUUAGAGCGCAUUGAGGACAAUAGAUACUGGUACAACGCCCAGGUCCCCAAGCACGAACAGGAGAGGAAGCCCGGAGAGCAUAGUUCAUCUGGUAGAGAGAAGCGAGUCAGUUGGCAGGGCACAAGGAAAGAAGCUAUUGACCAAUCAGAACCUGAAACGUCCGAUGAUGACUGCGAGAAAAGAUUGCAGAGGCUAAGAGAAGUGGUAGCUGGAAAAACUCCUGACCUGACUAAGUAUGUGAGUAGCAGCCGUAGUUGUGAAGCGGAUGAUGAAUUUGACGAUGACGAAGAGAAAGGCGAAGGAAAAGAUACAGACCAGGUGGAUGAAGAGAGAGAAGACGAAGACGAGGAACACGAAGAACACGAAGAACAAGAUAAACAAGAUAGCCAAAAAGAAGGAGAUUAGAACUAGGAGCAAAGGAAUUACAAGGAAAUUUUCCAUUUGGAAGAAGCGGACGAUGGUUUCUUUCGAAUUUGAGGUGUGGAUUUUGUCCCAGGAAGUUUGGAAGGAAGAAAGCUAUUAAUCGGUAAACUAAGGGUUAUUGAAGACUUAUUGAUUUUGUGUCGCGAGAUUCCAAGGUGCUCACACCAGACUUUUAGAGGUGUCCUUUAUUUGUCCCGAGAAAUGGUUGGAUAAUGUUCUGUUUUACCCGCCGUGUAAAACUUUUACGUAAACGCAUGAAUAGCGGCCGAUAAGUAGAAUCCUCGCUGUGGUACGCCUGCAAGCACUAAUUGAAUAAUAUUUCAUUUUCACGUCGACUUGAAUUUUUCUGACCCUUAUCCAGUGUCUUUGGCAACGCAAUGUAAUGAAUCUGAACUGCGAUACAAGACUGCAAUCAUCGAAGGAAAAUUUAUCUCUGUGGACGGUUUUGGACUGCUUCGUGUGGUGUGUAAUCGAUAGGAGAGUGUGAAGUUGACGAUAUUUCCAAAGUACCUGUACCAAGCCAGAAUCGAACUUCAGAUCCAAGAAGCAUAAGAAUCGUACUUUUUGUACAACUUUGUUGAAACACAAUUGCAAGAGUACUAAGUCUAUUGACAAGAGUUCGAUUGUCAAAUCAUGGAAUACUUAGCAUAAACUACAACUUUCUUGGGCGUCAAACCUCAAUCCAGAAGGAGGGCUUGUAACAGGCUUUGAUAAGCGUGACUAAUGGUUUGAUCGCUGUUUAUGGUUGACUGCCAAAUACUUCUGUUCUUUUGAACUUUCAAGUACUUAUGUUAUAAUAUUACACUGCUCAUCUAAGAAAUAAUUUCUCAAAAAGGAAUUGACAACUUCAGAGAUCGACGAGAAGUUUGUCUCAGUGAUACGGCAGUCUCCAAUCUACCCCAGUUUGUUGAAGAAGCCUAUUUUAAAGAUGUGGUCGAGGAGUACGUGCAAAAAAUUAAAAAGAAAAGGUUUUGGAGGAAAACGCUGACAAGCUUACUGAUAAAUCCCCUGUGUUUUGCUCGUUGCGCAGGCCUUGAAAGCCCACGGCUUAAAUGUUAACUUAUAUAUUGUAUUUAUUUUAUUUGUACAUAGGAAGAGAACAUUAUUGUUAAUAUUGACUUUGUAUUUAACCCUUGUGCGGACGGACCUGAGGAGUGUAAUUAGAUCCAAAGAGGCGGAAAUAUCUUAACGGGAAGAAUUCCGAUGUGAAUUGUAUUAUAGUGCUGUAAAAAUUGUAAAUAGCUAUUUCGCGCCGAUUAUACCUGCAGGGAAAACGAAUGAUCAAAAUAGCUAAUUAAUUAGUGAAAAACGUCUUUAACCCUUUCACUUCCAAGAUCAAAGAUCUAUAGACGAAUUCUCUAAACUGAUGGCCACAGAUUUCUCCAUCGACCGUUUCUGAGAAUUUGGUGUGGUAUCGCGGCUGUAUUUGUCCAGUUGAUAAUUUUGUUAAUUUCCAUUACCCCUCUGCUUGAUAAUGUAUGAUAAUUGCAAUAAGAUUUUCUUUGUGAUCAUUUGUGGUAGUGAAAGGGUUAAAAUUACGAUGAGUUGCGGACUUCGACUGCAUCAACAAUGGUGGAAAGUUAUCGGAGAAAUUAAAUAGGAUCCUAAAAUGCAAGUGCCAAGUUCGUAAUAAAAAGAAAAUUUAAGCGCA